AUGAAAUUGUUUGUUAAUGAUUUGAUGAAAUUGACAGAUUUUUGAUGUAAUUAAGAUGUUUGAUUUUUAUGUUAAAAGAAUAAUUUGAUCAAUUAUAUUAUGCACACUCAUGCUUUUCUGACUAAUUGACUAAUUGGAAAGUUUUUCUUGGAUAUUAAGUAAUCUUCCAUUCCUUGAAAUUGAAUUUGCCUUUCAAUUCUUUUAAAUUUGAAUACAAAUUUGUAAUAUUCUUAAUCAAAUCUAACCAUUGUAAGAAAACAGAAUUCGACAAACGUCUGCUGGGGAAGUAAAGAUGGUUCUGUUGUGAAUAUUACAUGAUCAAAUCAAUGUGAAUCACAGUGACUGGAUACACAUCUCAUUGUUGGUAAUACUUCAAUAAGUGUAUAGAUGGAUGUAGACCUUGGCAAGCUUUACACGUCAAAUGAACGUAAGAAGAUAACCGAGAGAUUAAAAAGCUCAAAAGAUUUGGGUUGGUUUACAGAACUGCUAAAAAGUAGCACAUCGUCCCAGUUGCUUUAUCUAAGUGAACCUCUAACUGAGUGUUUCAAAAGUAAGAAACUUACUCUUGAUGUCUCUCUGGUCCAGCUUAUCGUUCAUUCGUUAGACAAAAACUGUCAGAAUAUUUUGACAAAUAGUAAUAAGAGCUUGGAAGAAGUUACAUUGCUAAGUGUCAGUUGUCAUGGCUUACACUUGUUCUUGAAAUCUAAGCUGUCUGAUACAUUCGAUAUCAGUCAUUUAAAUACCACAUCAGAACAGUUGAUGUCAUUUUUGUUGGCUACAAAACAGCUUCCACGCGAUGUCAUGAUCCUCAUCAUACCACUUGUUAUUUUUAUCAAUAUAGAAUAUCACAACAGUUCCCCUAAAACUGAACACGACUUUAGUUUGAAAUUUUUCUCUGGAAAUCAAUAUUUGAUUGCAUGGUGGAAAAAUUGCCUCCUGAAAUCUUGCAAAUUCUCUGAGUCCGAUCGAGAGGUCGUGUUGAUGAUGCUCCAGGACAGUGUUGAGAAAGUCAGAGAAAAUGUUGUGUGGUAUCAAUUUGUACACCUAGACUCGAUUCGAAUGUGUCUGAGAAAACACCGUUGCUUUGAAUUCAAAGAGAUUGUACCAGCGGUAUUUGUUUUGGUAACUCUCUUUUACGAUGAUCGUGGAUUGAAUGUGUCAAACGUUUGUGAGGAUAUAAUACAAUCCUGUCUGACAAUUGAACCAGAACUCAUACAAAGGGUCGAGGAUAUUUCUCUUGGACCAUGGUACAGCAGGAAGACAAUUUCAUUCCUUAACUUGUUCUUGAGCGAAUCUAAGUUCUUAGAAACUGCGAUCGUGUCCUCUACUUUAAAGAGUCUUGUUGGUCACCUGGGAUACAACCGAUUGGACCACAACAAUCUCAAAGCCAUAAAAACUCUUCUAUGCAAGAAAAUGAACAAAGAAAACUUUGUCACCCUUCUGAGAAUCUGUGUUUCCUGUGUUGGUACGAAUCCUGUUUUCUCGAGAAUUCUGUCUGAUUAUAUGUCACCCUUCUUCACUAAACGGGAAAUUUUUCCCGAUGAUCUGAAAGAAAAUGUUUUCAAGAUGAUAGAUAGUGGUGAUAUAUCUGAUCAGGGAAAAGUUUUCCUCUUUGAGACAUUCUACCCUUGUUUCAAAGAAGAUCUGCAUCAAAAACUGCUUUCUUCACAGCUAAAUAAGUCGAGCUCAUCAGAAGUACAGAGUUCUCUUAUCACACUCAUCUCCAGAAACAUGCAGGACUUUACAGAUAACGACUUCAUUGUUACAACCUACAAGAACCUCCUAACAAUACCCUGCCCUACCGUCAGAGUUCACGCCAUCGCUUCCUUUCAGAGUCUCAAACCUUUAGUUAAAUCGAAGGAUAAAACUAUCACUCCCCUGGUGAAGCUUUUUCUGGAAAACACCUACAUAGAAGCCCCUUAUCAUUCGAUAGUUACAGCUCUGAACUUCUUUUUGUUGAGCAACUUAGACAAAGAAAGUUUGACAGUUUUGCAACGAGAAAAGCUGCAGGAACAGAUAUUGGAACUAAUGAAGCAUAAUGAUAAUGAUGUCUGUUCGUUAGCUAAGAAGAUCAACAAGCAUUUCUUUAUCAAAGAGAAGUCAAAUAGACAUGAUAUCAAAGAUACAAGUGACACAACCGAUUUUCUCACCAGUUUCAUGGAUGAAAUAGAGAAAGUAACAGGUCUCCAAAACAUAUUACAGACCGAUAUCCCCUGUAAAGUAUCACCUCUAAAGACUGAACUAUCCAACAUGUCCACACAAAACAUUGUCUCCAUCACCAGGGUCUCCAUCUGCCUUAUCAACAUUUUCCUCGACAUGAUAUCACACAGAGACAUUGAAAGUGAUCAGGUUUACACUGCUCCGUCCUUUGAGGAGACGUUUGUUAUCAUACAAACAGCUACAGGUGGAGAUGAAACGUUUUGUAAGAAUGCUGGACAGACAGUUUGGAAUGCUAUUGCUAGUUUGUUAGAGCUGCUUAGUGGCACUUGUGGUGCGCUAGUUGAUUCAACUAUGGAGGGUUACUUGAUAGAUGGGAGCACAUUUGUCUCUGAUCUUUACUCUAUUGGGGAUGUCUGCUUGAAAUGUGUCUUCAGGUGCAGACAUAGAUCAGUAAUAAAAGCUUUGUGUGAGACACUGAAGGUGAUCUCAGUCAGAACCUCCUCUCACCCACCUACACACGAGCUACCUUCACGCUGGGUCACCACUCUUCUUAACGUCUUACAUACACCUACUUCGUCAUCUUUAUCAAGACGCAGUGCUGGACUCCCUGAAGCGAUAGAAGCAGUGUUACAGUGUAAUAACCUGCACCUGACCCAUGAAACUGUAACGAAGUUGCUGGAAGCAGCCAACAUUCCUUACCCUGAGGAAUGUACUGAGACUGAGGACCUGGUUCAGGUACACUCUCUACACAUGUUGAGACUUGUUUUGUCCUCCGCUAAACUCAGACAUCACUUGAUUCCUUUCUCUGAUCAGAUCUGCAAACUUUGUUACUCUGGAUUCAUACACUCGUUCUGGGUAGUCAGAAACGCCAGUUUUCUUCUCUUUGCUGAGUUGCUGAACUACAUUCUGGGCCAUCUCAACUCUGAGUUUGAUUGUGGAUACAGGUCUAGCCUAUCAAUAGGGGAGUUAAAACAGCACUACAGAGGAAUUUACCAACAAGUACUGAGUAACCUACAGAAGCACUCAUCUGGUACUAAAACCUGUCCAACUAUCUUCCUCUCUCUGAUGAUAUCCUCCAAACUCUACCCAGAUACCACAGAUAGAGAUGAUUUCUUGGGGGAAUGUCUUUACAAUCUCCUCUCGUCCCCGAUCUACAAAAUACGAAGUGUGGCUGCUCGAACUGUAGUGUUAGUUUGUCAUGAAGACAAGCUGAGGGAGUUUGUCAGAAGAGGGGCCCGGGAGCUGACAAGUUCGUCUCAUAACAAAGUUAAUGGAGUCCUGAUGUUUAUUCUGGAGUCCAGUAAAAGUGAUGGUGACUUGGUGGAGUCUGAUGUUAUUGAAGAUAUGACGGAAAUACUGAGUAUUGAGGAGAUGCUCGAUAUCAACAUUUCGCUGGUUUUACAGAUUUAUGUGGCACUCCGGAGAAAAGAUGUUUUGAGUGAUGCUGUUAUCGGCAAAGUUUUAGAGAUAAAUGAGCAUGGGUCUGGUUCUCGAAAAUAUCCUUCAAGUAUUCUAGAUUAUCUUGGAGUUUGGUUUAUUGUGAGUAAAGACUACAUGUCCGCGUUUGCUCAUAUUCAAAAUCAUUGCCCACAACUGACUGAAAUAUUCUGGAGCUCUCUUAACGAUGAUUUUUAUACAAAUGUAGACUACAUGGGGUUGAUUUGGUUGUUGGAUGGACUGACGAACCAAGAGUACCGCUACGUAAGCAACUAUUUAGCGAACUGCGUGUUUGAGAUUCUCAACAAACAUUCCAUUAUACCAGAUUUUAACGUUCCUCCGCACAUUCUCCAAUUCCUCUCUGAUAACGCUGAUAAAUACGCUCACAUCUGCAUGAUUCUAACUGUUACUUACAACAUCUCCACUAACAACUCUUCCUUACUGCAAACACUUGACCAGAACCUGAGAUUCGACACCUGCAACACUAAACUCCUAUCCUAUUUCUACAAAAUACAGAAACUACCCCACAACAUAAUUCUCACUUCCAGACUCUUAGCCAGUGCUUUGUUGCACUGUCAGUCUGAGAACGAAGAGCUCCGCCAGCUAGCCACCAGAUUCUGUGUGUUCCUCCCCACUGGGGUCAGCAGUCUUUACCUGACUGCUAGACAUGGUAUGGAAUGUGGUGUAGGGUGUGUGAAGGUUUUGCUCGCUGAUCUCGAGGAGCAGGAAAUUUGGAUCAAUGCGGUAAGGAGGGUUAGACAGAAGGUUUUGUCAGAGAAAUGUGAAGGUUUUGAUAUUAAUAGCAAUGCUCACUUUGACAAACGAUUGUUUUUAAGUUUGGUUGAUGUUUGAGGGAACAUCUUAUUUUGACAGGGGCGAUAAUUUUAUUUCAUUAGUUUUUACCUAACUUAUUUAUUUUAUUGGAACAUGGCUUAAGUUAUUUUAGAAAGAAUUUUUUAAGUAAUUUUGGGGGUGUAAAUUUUUUGUGCACCUCAUUUUAGGUGAUAUAUUAUUCAAAAUAGGUAAUAAUAAUAUCCAAUUAUUUUACGAGAUAACAAAAAUGAAACGUUUUAUUCAAAAUCCAAUGUAUUUUCCAAUUUAGAAUUUUAAAGGACCUGCUUUUAAAUGGUGCUUCAUCGUCUU